GGUUAGGAAGGGAGCUCGGGGCUGGGAGGCUGCACAGCCGCGCACUGGAGCAGGACCAUCCAUCCACUCUCGCUGCCCGGCGGCACAGGGCUCCUCUUGUUCCUUUUCCGUUUGGGUUUUUUUUUCCUUCAUACCUGCCCAUCACUGCAAAAGGGUCGACCGAAUUACUGUUUUUCAAGUGUUUUGCUACCUGACUUUGUCCUCUUGAGCUUUGUUGUUUGGUUUUCUUUCUCUUUUUUUUCUUUUUUUUUUUUUUAACUGUGGGUUGUUUUUAGUUGUUUUUUUUUAUUAUUUGUGUGUUUUGGUUUGGUUUUUUAAUUGAAGGCUGUGCUAAGACUUCUUUACCAACAAAAAAAAAAAAAAAAAAAAAAAAGAGAGAGAGAGACAAGGGGGGAACAGAAGCCAGCAAGAGACUGAAAAGAGCAAAGAUCAAGAAAAAAGUGGCAGCUAAGGACUGUGAAAUCACCUCCCCUUUCUGGGGCCGUCAAUCAGAGAGAGAGUUGUACAUUAUUUUUAUUGUGGGUCUUUUAUUUUCUGCGUCUCUCUAUCCACAUCCACACGCAAAGAGAGAAGAGAGAAGUGCACAGAGUGAAACUCGACAAGACCAGCCAUGGUAGCAAGGGCUCAGCCUGAUCGGAAACAAUUACCGCUGCUCCUACUGAGAUUGCUUUGCCUUCUCCCUACAGGGCUGCCAGUCCGCAGCGUGGAUUUUACCCGAGGUACCGAUAACAUCACCGUGAGACAAGGGGACACAGCCAUCCUCAGGUGUUAUGUAGAGGACAGAAGCUCCAAGGUGGCCUGGUUAAACCGUUCUGGCAUCAUUUUUGCUGGAGAGGACAAGUGGUCUCUGGACCCUCGAGUAGAGCUGGAGAAGAGAAACCCCCUGGAAUACAGCCUGCGGAUUCAGAAAGUGGAUGUCUAUGAUGAGGGGUCCUAUACAUGUUCAGUGCAGACACAGCAUCACCCCAAGACUUCCCAGGUUUACUUGAUCGUGCAAGUUCCACCAAAGAUCUCCAAUAUCUCCUCGGAUAUCACCGUGAAUGAGGGCAGCAAUGUGACCCUGGUUUGCAUGGCAAAUGGGCGUCCUGAGCCUGUCAUCACCUGGAGACAUCUCACCCCAACAGGGAGAGAAUUCGAAGGUGAGGAAGAGUACCUGGAGAUCCUAGGCAUCACGCGAGAGCAGUCGGGCAAGUACGAAUGCAAAGCUGCCAACGAGGUUGCUUCAGCAGACGUCAAGCAAGUCCGGGUCACUGUGAACUACCCUCCCACCAUCACAGAAUCCAAGAGCAAUGAAGCAGCCACAGGACGACAAGCCUUACUCCGGUGCGAGGCAUCAGCAGUGCCCACACCUGAUUUUGAGUGGUACAGAGAUGAUACCAGGAUAAACAGCGCCAAUGGUCUGGAGAUAAAGAGCACGGGGAGCCAGUCUCUGCUGAUGGUGGCCAAUGUCACUGAGGAACACUAUGGGAACUACACCUGUGUGGCUGCCAACAAGCUGGGAGUCACAAAUGCCAGCCUAUACCUUUACAAACGAGUUUUACCCACACUCCCCAAUCCUUUUCCAGGACCUGGCACAGGGAGAGUAGACAACGGCUCCAUGAGCUUGGCCGUCCCACUGUGGCUGCUAGCAGCAUCCCUGCUUUGCCUACUCAGCAAAUGUUAAUACAAGUCAGAAUUAAAAAUAAUUAAUAAUAAUAAUAAUAAUAAUUAAAAAAAAAAAAAACAAAACACAACAAAACCAACAACAACAACACACAAAACAAAACGCGUUAUACAGGAGACAGAGUGAAGAGAGGAGAGAGAAAAUAGAGGAGAGGGGAGAGAGAGAGAGAAGACUGUUUCUUUCACAACUUUUGCGUGUUCAGGAGCGAAGAGGGGGGAGAGGAAAAAUUACAGCAAAGAAGACUCAGCAACAUUUAAUCUGAAACCUGACAAGCUGACUGUUGAGUCACAGCCUGUCUCGGAGGCAACACGAAGCAAAGGAAUGAGGCACCAUCAAGGAUCGUGUCGCCAGAGGAUGCUGCAAUGCAAACAAUCCAACGAAACCUGCAAAGCCAAUUGAACAGAAGAUUCCUUUUCUUUUCUCUCCUCCUUCCUCUUUCCCAUAUUCCAACUUCCUUCCUUCCUCCUCUUUCUUUCUUUUGCAGAAAGAGGUCUUUGCUUCGGUGUCUGUCUAUAGCCACUUAACUUUUUGGAUGCCCUGGGUCAUUUUUAUGAGCUUAUGCUCAGCCAUUUCAUACUUUUGAAAACAAAACAAACAAACAAACAAACAAAAAAGGCAAAGAAAAAAGUAUAUUAAAAAAGCCACAAACCAGAGCAAGUCAUCUGAAGCUCUCUGCACACUGGUGUCCUAUGAAAUCCUUCCUCUCUCCACUUCACCUUGUGCUCCUGUGCACCCAGCCCUUGCUAAACCCCUUUUUCCUGCCCCCUCCUUCUUGCAACAUUGCACUUGCUGGCCUCAACUAAAGCUGUGUCAACUCUACUGAAAACUUCCUUUUCUUUUCUUUUAAAGUCUCUUCCUCUCCCCCCUCAAUUUGCCCAGGUGUCCUUCCCUGUCUCCCGUGUAUGCCUGUGUGCGUGCAUGCAUGUCCGUGCGGCUCUUGCUGUGCCCUCUCUCUCUCACUCUCUCUUGUUCUCUCUAAGCAUGCAAAAGGAACAGUCCAUGUGUACAUAUGCUCAUCCUGCUGUAGAUAAUGUCCUGCCUUGUAAACGUGAGACAAGAUGCCGAGAAGCAGAGAAGAGGGGGAGGAGAGAGGGACAGUUUCAAUACAGGUUCCCAUCAUGCCCUCCCCUCUGGUGUGGCCACUGGCUUUUUGACUUCUGGCCACCUGGCUUGCAAGAGUCAGUCUGCAUCCUUGUUUAGCCUUUUUUUCUCUCCCACCUGCAACCUGUCUGGCUUUCAACAUUCAAGUACCUGCAUAGCAGCCCCUGCUAUACAUGAGUGCUUGCACACAAAUGCACACAUGUGCAUUUGUCCAAAUAAGUAGAAGAAACCAAGGCUGGCUUCCAGCACUAUGGAGUGCAGAGCAUGACCACCCACUUCUCCUGGGGAGAGAAAGCUAGGCUGGUGGGAUGUGAGGAGACCUUGGACAUCACUAAGCAGCCAUUCCUGGAGAUAUAGUAUGUGUGUGUAGGAACAAUGCCUCAACGUGAAAGCCACAGUCUGGCCAUUCCUAACCAUUUUGAUAGUUAUGCAAAACAUUCUUACUGUCCUCCCUGUUACACAAGGAAGCGUGUGCUGUGUAAGAGUGAUCCUGUGUGCCUGUGUGCAUUGUACACCACUGCUACUACAAAGCUCGCUUUGCAAGUGUCAGAAACUGUCCAGGACCUGUGAAUGUAAGCAGAAAACCAAAUGUCAGGUCUGAAAUCCUAUGUUUAUGAAAAAGGAGUUUAAAGUGAUACAGCAAAGAAAUAGUCAGUGCAGUUCCUCUUCUUUCUUUCCCAUUCAAAGGGUACUGUUCUUGUUGGAGAGGGCUAUUUCUUGCCAUCACCUCCUUCCCCUGGCAGAAUCUCAUGCAGAGAUUCCAAAAGGAGGCACUCCAGUAGCUCCUGAGUGAGGAGGAGAGGGAGAAAUCAGGCUGUGAUGAAGUAGGAUUAAGAAAAUGCUGAAUGGUGGCUGGAAAUUACCACACAAGCAACAGGUCUGGUGCAGCAGCCAGAGCAGUGGGAGAGAAGCUGCCGAUAUUACACCUCAGUGGCUGAAGUGCAUGUGUGGCAAGGACAGUAGGGAGAAGACUCCUCUGUGUUCUGGCCUGUCAUGAGCCCUAGCAUCCAUAGCAACAAAAAUGAUAAAAGGCAGGGUUUAUCAGAGAGCCAUUUCCUUGGGUGGGUGAGGUUUUUUUCUUUUUUGGAGGUGGGAAGGAUGUGCAGAAAGAUCCUUGAGCUGACUCACACAAGUUUCAUGACAGGACAAGUGUUUUACAGGUGCUUGAGGUACCACUGAGCUUUCCAGCAUUGGCAAGCUUGCUUUUUCUAUCUUUCCCUGUGAAUUUGAGCAGUAGCAGAAUGCUCUGCAGCCACCCUUACAGGCUUUUGAAGGCAAGAAGGAAACAGCUUGAGCUUGCAGCUCUGCAGCAUGUGACAGAGGAUACCCACUGGCUGGAAGGAUAGCCCUGCUAGGAAGGAAAGUGGGAAUUGCCAUCUCGGAGCCCAUCUCCAUCUUUGCAGGGCUGGGGCACACUCCACCAAGGCCUCUCCCUGCUGCUCAGCUUUCACUUUGCACUGCGGCACUGCCAGUGGCUGCCUUCUCUCUGCUGAGCUCAGCUCUUCUGGGCAGCUGCAGGCAGGCAAUUUAACAGGUAGGCAAGGGCUCCUCAUUGCCAGCCAGAACAAGCAAGGAAAUAAAAUCAAGAGAUGUGAGAGGCUGAAGUUUGGGUGGUAGCAGAUUUGCUGUAGGUCUGCUGCAGAAUUGGAUGGUGCUCCCUCUGCUUCUCCAAGCCCCAAAGCCAUACCUGGAGAUGUUUGUGCCUUGGUGCAAUUUGUUCUUGAAAUCUGCCCAAGGCAUCCAGGGACAGCUCCCCUCUUCAGAGAUGAGGCAGUGGUUGAUGGGACUUGUACAUCUCCUUUGGACCCUGGCAUGCCUCGUCCCAGAAGACAAAAUGCCCUGUAUCUGUCAGAGCAUUCCUCAUGCCUGUCUCUCGAGAGGACCAUGGCAUUUGCUGUCCCAGUAACAACUUUGCAUUUCCUGCUGCAACAGGGUUCCUCAUCCCCCUGGCAUAGCCAUGAGCUGAUGCUGCCUCCAGAAGCCAGGGCUGGGAGCUGCACCCUCUCCAGCACACUGGCAUGAAGGAAACCACCACAUUGCUGGCAUUUCUCAUUCUCAGGGCUAUACCUAAGCCUGAAUUUCUUGUCACAGGCUAGUUACGAGAAGGUGGGGAGCCUACGGUGACUUCCUGUCACCAUCUCUUCCAGGGCUGGGUCAUGCCCACCUUUUUUGUUUAGCUUGAGGCUUCUGUUUGAUGUCAGUGUGGUUGCUAUUGUAAGAUCCACCCCACGUGUUGUCCUCUGCAUGUUGUUGUUGCCGUGGGAUCAAACACAUCAGAGCCCUGUGAUGGUGGUCGUAAGUCCCCGAAUAUGAUUGUCUCACAUCUCUUUCUGUUUGAAAGAGUUUUGAGGGGAUAUGUUUUAGAUAUCAAGGCAAAGAUACUUAUGGUGAAGAGGAAAUACAUUACUAAAGUCAGGACAGACCCUUUUUGAAGCCAUCUGCCUGUUAGUUAGCUAGACGAAACAGCCAUGACCCUGGUGUCUCUGUGUCUCUGUUGUGUGGCUGUGAAACAAGGUUAAAGCCAGUUUUUUGUACACCUGUCUGAGAAAAGCCAGAAAUAAGAAGUGUGCCUGUUAUCUGCAGCAGUGCUGGGAGUCUCACUUGUUGCAAUGUCUGUUCUAGCAUCACUGGAAGAAUUGUGAGUAGGCUGGAACUUGACUGACUUCCAGAAACUAUGAGCUGUUGCAUGCAUAGAAUCAUAGAAUGGUUUGGGUUGGAAGGUACCUUAAGUAUCAUCUAGAUUCACCCCUGCCGCGGCCAGGGACACUUUCCACUAGAUCAGGUUGCAUCUUAAGAUGCUGUGAACAUCCCCAUUUCUCCUGAACCUGAGCAGGGACUGCUCAAAACAUCUGUUGAGAGGAGAGCCGUAGGCAAGGUCAAACACUUUUCCCCAUUCUCUUUCUUCCCUCCAUCCCUUUGACAGAGAUGUUGCAAAAGGUUUCCUCGUGUCUCAGACCCUCUGCUCUGAAGCUUUUUCUCAUGUUCAUGUUAUCUUCUACUCUGAGUUCAUGCUGCUGUCUUCCCCAUCUCUUCCCAAAAAGCUGUGCCCUUGCUUCCUGCUGCCUCUCAGCUGACUGGGGACUGGAGGAGACAGGAGUUCAGAAUGGGACACCAGCCCCUUGAGCUUGUCAGUGUAACUGUGUUUGAUCGAUGGAGAUUUAACUUUUAGUGUUAUAAAAAGAAAUGAACAAAAUUUAAAAAAAAAAAAAAGAAGAAGAAAAAAGAAAAAGAAAGGGGGAAAACCCCAAACCCUUGUAUUUCUUCUACUGGUUUGUAAAUAUUACAAGAGUUACAUGAGAUGUCUGGUAAUGUCCAAGCAGAGGAACAAAGAUUUAAUAUAUGGCCCCAUACUUGCUAGCAGAUUUCUAACCCUUUUCAGAUGACUGAGAGGAGUUGUGAAGGAGCUGCGGAAGGGGAAUGCAGCCACCCCAAGUCACAUGAGCUCCAUGCAUGGCCGUAGCCUGUUGCUUGGAGGGUGUGUCUGGUCAGAUGGAAAACAAAGCAGAGGCCUGUCUCUGGAAGGCUGGGAAGGGCGGCACGGGACGCUCCAGCCAACGCCUGUACCUUGGCAGUCAUGUUCAUCUCUGUUUGUCUGCAGCACUGCGGCUUGCGGGCACGUUGCUCGGCGGUGCACUGCCCGCCUCCUCCCUUCCUGCUUUCUUCACCAGUGAAGUUGUGUCGUCCCAUGCUAACACCAAGUGCAUGUUAACGUACCAUUCAUGAAGACUUCAUUGGUGACAUGCAUCGUGUUGAGAGUUAGUCUUUGUCUGCACACCUUUCUCACGCCACUGACUGUUCAUCGCUUGAGCAGAUCUGUCAUGUAGUGCUGCUUGCCCCACUUUUAGUCAAAGUAUAUGCAAGACCCACCAGCUCUUCCUAGCUCCAGGUGCAUCCAGACCACACCACCAAGCCACCUGUCUGAGCAAUCCCAUUUUGAAAGUUCAGUUUCACAGCAUGGACAAAGUCAUCAUCAAGAGCCACAUCGUCUCCAGGCUGAGUGGAAGCUGUACAUUUGGAAGGAAUGUGGGGGCAGCACAAAAAAUCCUGAUGAUUCAAGAGCAUUUGGGGAAGAGGAUAUUGAAAGUUGGAGGAGCUAAUUUGGAGUCCUUCACAGUCCCACCACCAGGUGAUGUCUCAGCUCAAUCUUUCUGCAGUGCUUCACCACAUCACCUCUCCCUGAUGAAGGCAUCUUAUGGGCACAGGGAAAUAGCUCUUCUCCUCCCAACCCCUCUCACAGCUCUGCUUCCUCUCCUCCAAGCACAUUGACCCACAGCCCAAACCAUUAUGGUGCUUGAUGUGAUGUAGCAACUGACACUGAGGAUGGCUAUCCAAGACAGUCCUACAUAGGAGAUGUUGAAGGGGGUGAGCAGCUCUCUCUCCCUUCUGAUGGUGCACAGUCUUACUGUUCUAUAACUUGUGUAUGCAAAACUUGUUGAGUUAGAGAUGCCGGGAGCAAACUGUCCCAUGGAAAGAGCAGAACCUCAGACAGGGAAGGGAUGGAGAAACUGGAUGGUAAUUUCCAAGAUGUGAUGCUGGUGGAAAAGGGUAGGAAUGAGUGCUGUCCAUUGUCCAUGCACAGAAUUCCAGGAUUUACCAGCAAGGAGACCACAACCUCUCAGUGCUAAGUGGCUUUAUUUCCAGUGGGAAUGCCCAGAAGGCUUUUGUUUUUAACUGCAUGACUCCUGCUGACUAAGAGCUGUGUCACACCAUUAAAAAAAUCUCUUUCUCUUUUCCUUCUUGCAACUUGCUAGAACAACGUUUGGGCAGCUCUUAAAACACCUUUCCCCAAUUUUGUCUGAUGGUUGGCUCCUUUUAAGGCAAAGUGUGGUGUGUGUUUGUUGGUUCACUUGCAAAACCAGGAAAGCAGAAGUCAGCUUAGGAUAUGUUGGUCUGGUUCUCUCUAUCUGUGCUGGCAAUGUGUGUGAAGUGAGGACACCAGCUGAGGCAGGACUUGAGAAAGAGAAGCUGCUCUCCUAAUUAGCCUAGACAGGGGACAAGCAAAAGGGUCCUUCACUUAUUGCAGGCUCAGGUUAGCUGAUGCCACAGAGAGUCAGCCAGCUCUGCAAGCCUUGUAGAAGUGCCCAGGCAAUGCAGGAGGAAGGGGCAGUGCAAGUCAGGAGGACAUGACUGCAGCACAGGUGGUGGCACCAUGUGCACAGCAGGACUCUCUGGGCAGCACAGCUGGGGAAAUGGCAAAGAUUGCAUCCAAGAAGGGCUGUUCCCAGGCAGGGCAGGACCUUCCUUCCCUGCCUAUGCUCCUGGUGCUUCAGGCGCUCACCUCCUGGCCCCUCAUGGCAUGCAAGCAACAGGCCUUGGUGAGAGAUGCAGAGUGAGCCCAUGGUGGCCCUGGCCGUGUGGACAGUUCUGUAAAUAGCAAGUGGUUGCAGAUGGAGCUGAGGAGGAAGGCCACCUAAGAGCCAGCCAGUGAGAGAGCACUUCCCAAGCAGGGCCAUCCUUCUCUGUAGUUUCGCUGUUCAUUCCCCAUUUCAGCCACGCACGCACAGGCACACACGCACACCCCUGCCACCUCUACCGCACACAUGCCACAGGAGUCCUCGUGGCUGCCAUACAGGCCCUCUCCUUUACCGUGGCCUCCAUCACACAUGCUCCGCCGCUUGCUCCCAGCAAUGGCUCUGCCCGCACCACCACACAACAUCCUCCUGAGGAAACCAGAAGAAAGCACGCGCCUGCUUGUGUGUGCCAGGAAAGGGAGGAGGGGGCAAAGAGCAGGAACCAGCCCCUGUGGUACCACCACCACCACCACCUUCCCAAAUCUUUCAUCUUUCCCAGCUGGAGCCAUGUUUCAUCCUCUAGACCUUGAGAACGAAGGCCAGUCCCUUCUUCUUGCUACACGGUGGGGUGGUUAGAACUCUCCUCAUUAACAGUGUUAUAUACAUAUAAAUAUAUAUAUAUAUCUAUAUCUUUAUAUAUAUUUUUCCCCAGCACUGUAGACAUGAGCUGAACUUCUCUUUAACGAAACGAGAAAACAGCUGGUUUUUAUUUUUUGCCAUAGGUUUGGUUUUGGAUCUAGGUCUGUGAAAGAACAACUUAGAAAGCGCGAGCACGUGUGCGCUCACUUGCGCUUCGGAGAAACUAUCGCACCAAAACAAAGCAAUGCCAACCCCAAACAAACCCCAGCAAAGCAAACAAACCAACCCAGCAAAGGAAUGAACAAAAACCCAGUGAUGGAAAGUUAAAUUAAAAAAAAUAAUAAAUAAAAAGAAAGAAGAAGAUUAAAAAAGAAGCUUUUUAUUUUUUUUCUUUCUCAAUGUAUUUAACUUCUGUUAUCUCGUUUCUGUUUCUUUACAUGUAUGAAUGCUCUGCUCUUCUGUGAUCUUAAAAAGAAAAUACAAAAAAAAAUACAAAAAAUUAAAUAAACGUGAAAAAGAGGUGA